AUGAAACCAAAAGUGGUGAAGUACAUCUCCAACAGUUUGACUUGUGAUCAAGUCAAGGCAGAACACCAAUUUUCUUAUGGAAAGGUUCAAUCACUACAAACACAAGCCGGGAAAUGGGAAGACAUUACUAUGGAAUUUGUGAUGGGCCUACCAAGAACAAGUAAAGGGAACAAUGUCAUUUGGGCGAUUGUAGAUCGCUUGACUAAAAGUUCACUCUUCCUUGAUAUAAAGGAAUCAACCCCUUUAAAAAAGCUUGCAAAAAUCUAUGUUGAUGAAGUGGUGAGACUGCACGGUCCCGAACUCGUGAGGCUAACAAAUGAAAAGAUAGAAGUUAUUCAAGCUAACAUCAAGGCGGCUCAAGAUAGGAAAAGAAGUUAUGCAAGUUUGAAGCAAAAACCUUAUGACAUAAAAGAAGGUGAAUUGGUAAUGUUGAAAGUCUCCCCAUGGAAAGGAGUCAUGAGAUUCGGUAAAAAGGGUAAAUUGAAUCCAAGAUACAUUGGACCCUUCAAGAUGUUAAAAGUGGUUGGAACCCAAGCCUUUAAGUUGGAGUUUCCCCAAGAACUCCAAGGAAUACAUGAUACCUUUCAUGUAAGCUACUUGAAGAAAUACUUUGGAAAAGAGGAAUUGACAAUUCCAUUGAAGUACUUGAGAAUUGACGAGAAUAAGAGACUUAUAGAAGAACCGGAAGCAAUUCUAGAAAUAAAGACCAAAAAGAUAAGGAACAAGGAAAUUGACUUGGUGCUAGUCAAAUGGAAGCAUGUGCUCGGCUCCAAUAUCACAUGGGAGACAAAAGAAGAAAUGAUGAGGAGGUACCCUACCAUCGUAGACUGCGAGGCGAUUCCAAGGACGGGAUCCUCUUAA